AUGACAACGGCUCCCAAACGCAAAGCAGACGUAUCCUUCCUUACUUCCGAGAGAAAGAGGCUGCAUGAUAUGCUUCCGGGUUCUACAAGUCCCACGAACGAAACCAAGUAUGAUGUCCUCCUCCGCAAAUACUACCCGCUGGAGAUCACAAACCGCCGGGCGAACGAGUAUAGCUCCGGCUAUCGUGAGCGCCCAAUUGAGGCACUGGAAAGAGCUCUUCUGGAGACUCAAGCUCAGCGGGACAGGGUGUCCGCGGCCGAGUCUGUCGUCCACUGGUUCAAGUGCGACAUACGAAUUACGGACAACAAAGGGCUCUAUCUUGCAAGCGCAGAGGCGGAAAAACACAGAAUCCCAUUGAUCUGCAUGUACCUUAUCUCUCCCCAAGACUUUGAGGCUCACCUUACGGCUCCGGUUCGCGUUGAUUUUAUCCUGCGCAACCUCCGAGUGCUGAAGCACGACCUCGCCCAGUUGAAAAUCCCAUUGCACGUUGAAGUGGUCGACAAAAGGAGGAGUAUUCCGUCAAGGCUGAUGGAGUUGUGCAACAUCUGGGGAGCAAAGCAUGUAUUCUGCAACAUUGAAUAUGAAGUGGACGAACUCAGGAGGGAGACAGCCUUGGUAAGGGCAUGUUCGGGUCAAGGGAUAUCUUUCAGUGCCAUCGCGGACAGAUGUGUGGUAGAACCGGGAAGAUUGACAAAUAGCUCCGGUGCUCCUCUACGUGUCUAUAGUCCCUGGCAUAGGAGAUGGUGCGCAUACCUCAAUCAGCAUCCGAGUGAAUUGGACCCCUUCCCAGUUCCCAAAAUGAAUCCGGCCAACACCGGUGACACAUAUCCCGAUCUGUUUCGAUGCGAAAUUCCACAAGCGCCUCGUUCGAAAUGGUUGUCUGAACAGGACAGAGCGAAAUUCAGUGUCAUGUGGCCAGCUGGAGAACACGAGGCUCGAGACAGACUGUCCAGGUUCCUCCAGGAAAGAGCUGAUGAGUAUCAAAACGCAAGAAACAUUCCCUCGGCCAACGGCACAUCUGUUCUGAGCCCUCACCUGGCAGCUGGUACCCUGGCAGCACGCACGGUUGUCCGUGAAGCACGUGAAGCUUCUCCAAACCAGAAACUCACCGACGACCGCAAACAAGGCCACUCGAGGUGGAUUGGAGAGCUGGCUUUUAGGGAUUUUUAUACAUCGAUCCUCUGCUACUGGCCUUACAUCUGCAUGAACAAACCAUUGAAGCUAGAGUACAGCAAUAUCGAAUGGGAAGACAACAUGGAUCACUUUAAGAAGUGGACGGAUGGAAGGACGGGGUUUCCGAUUGUCGACGCGGCGAUGCGUCAACUGGCUCAUACAGGGUACAUGCACAAUAGGUGUCGCAUGAUGGCGGCAUCGUUCCUGGCCAAAGACCUCCUUAUCGAUUGGCGUAUGGGUGAGAAAUGGUUCAUGGAGCAUCUUAUCGACGGGGAUUUUGCCUCGAACAACGGUGGAUGGGGAUUUUCAGCCAGUUGCGGUGCCGACCCACAGCCGUAUUUUCGAAUCUUCAACCCCUUGCUUCAAAGCGACAAGUUCGAUGCGCAGGGCGAUUAUAUCCGCAAGUGGGUGCCCGAACUGGCGGAUAUCCAAGACAGGAAAGGGAUCCAUGACCCCUACGGUCAGGGUUAUGCGAGGGUGGCAGAGACCAACGGAUAUCCGAAGCCCAUGGUCGACCACCAGCAGUCUCGAGAGAGAGCUCUACUACGAUAUAAAGCAGGGCUGGGGAGGUCCACGGCAUAA